AUGAAUUUUGCAGUAGAGAACGCGACCUGGGCCUCUAUGGACAGCAAGCAUUUGGCGGGCCAGGAGACGCUAGCACAAAUAUUACGCCUGCCUUCAGCAAUCUUAAGGACCCCGAAUUUGGUUUCCAGCUCUCCGGCGCUAAACGUGGCCCAUACGCAAGCCAGCUCUGAUGCAGGCUUGCCUACCCAAUGCUGCUAA